UACCCCUGUGGCAGGCAGCAACUGUCAGAAAGUAAGGCAAGGAAAGCUGUUCCUGAUUCCAGUUGAAGGGAGGCCCUCAGUGACUUGCAGUGACCCAGCAAUAGUUUGCACACUGUGGUCUUGAGAAGAUGCUUGCAAGAACUCAGAAGUGACUCAGUGAAGGCAGUCAGCUUCUUUUGCAUUUGGUAGGGUGGACACUAAACAGGAGUGAUGCCUCCAGGCAGGUGGCAUACUGUCAGACCAGCUCAGGCCCAGGCUUCAAGGGAGCGAAGGCGUCUUCGCACUGUGAAGAAAGAAGAGGAGGAUGAUAGCUCUACUUCAUUGUGCACUGCUAGGCCACAGACACUCAACCGCCCUGGCCAAGAGCUGUUCCGCCAGCUCUUCAGACAGCUUCGCUACCAUGAGUCUUCUGGGCCCCUAGAAACUCUGAACCGCCUCCGGGAACUCUGCCGCUGGUGGAUGAGGCCUGAUGUUCUCUCCAAGGAGCAGAUCCUGGAGCUGCUGGUGCUGGAGCAGUUCCUGAGCAUCCUGCCCGGGGAACUGCGGACCUGGGUGCAGCUCCAUCACCCUGAGAGUGGUGAGGAGGCUGUGGCCCUGCUGGAGGAGCUACAGAGGGACCUUGAUGGGACACCACAGAAGGAUCCACUCCUUGCUCAGAGCCUAGAUGUGCAUUGGAUGGGGACAGGAGCCUUGCAGUCUGCACAGAUAUGGCCCUCUUCUUCGCCUCUCAAGAGUGGCUCUGCUCUUGGGGGCCACCUGGAACCUCCCCAUGCAGUAGGAGUGUAUGACUUCCUGGCUGGGCAAUCCGAUCCUUUUGCCGCCCAGAUGCCUUGCCCUUUGCAGAGAGAGGGGAGCACAGACGAGCAAGUUACCUCUGCCAGGUCCUUGACAGCCCAGCCCCAGGAAGCUUUGACUUUCAAGGAUGUGGAGGUGACCUUCUCUCAGGAUGAGUGGGUCUUCUUGGACUCAGUUCAGCGCAACCUAUACCGGGAUGUGAUGCUGGAAAGUUAUGGGCACAUAGCUUCUCUGAUGGGACCAUCUUCCAAACCUGCUGUGAUCUCCUGGCUGGAAGCAAGGGAGCCAUGGGUCCAGACUGUCCAUGCAGUUCAGCCUAGCAGUGAUCUGUGGACUAUCCCUGCAGGAGGUGAGCCCCAGAUUUGGACAAGCAAGGUCAUCUUAGAACAAAACCCUUUGAAAUGUACAGAAACCUUCACUGUGCCACCUGUAUGUCCUGCAACAUGUGUUUAUGAGGGAACCAGGCUCAGAACAUCUUUUGGACCAAACAGUAGUCUACAGAAGCACUGUGGCAGCCCGAGAGAAGUGAGAGUUAAGAAAGAAGAGAUUGAUUUCAAUGACAUGACAGAAAAAGAACCUGAAGUGACAGGAAGAAGUAAUAUUGUUGAUCUAAAACAUGGUACGUAUGUGAGAGUUUCCAUGAAAAAGCAAUCCCUUAAACAUGGCUGUGGCAGACACUUCAGAAAAAGUUCACACCAUUAUGACCACAAGAAGUCUGGGAAAGGGCCCCCACACACAGUCGAAGGGCUUGGAAUACAUCAGAGAAUUCAUACCGGCUUGAGAGGGAGUGAAAAGGACACUUGUGGAAAGGGCUUCAUCCUCAAUUCGCAUCACCAACAGGAACAGAAUUUUCAUCCUGUGGGGAAGUACUGUUGUCGUGACUGUGGAAGGACCUUCAGUAAGAGUUCCCAUCUUGCCUAUCAUCAGAGGAUUCAUACUCAGGAGAGGCCAUUUAAAUGUAAGGUGUGUCAGAAAGCCUUCAAAUGGAACUCAAACUGUUUGCGACAUGAGAAAAUUCACACUGGAGUGAAACCUUAUAAAUGCAGUUUAUGUGAGAAAGCUUUUCAGCGUCUAUCAGCCUACCGCCUGCACCAGGAAACCCAUGCUGGACAGAAAAUUGAAUCAAAUCAGUAUGAAGAAUCUCUCACUCACAGCUCAGUGCUUGAUCAUCAUUUGGAGGAGCAGAACGAGCAGAAGCUCUUUGAUUGCAGCCAGUGUAGGAAAUCCUUCCACUGUAAAUCCUAUGUUCUUGAACAUCAAAGGAUCCACACACAGGAGAAACCUUAUAAAUGCACCAAGUGUAGGAAAACAUUUCGGUGGAAGUCAAACUUUAAUCGCCAUGUGAAGCUGCACAAGACGGGAGAGUUUCGUGAAGAAGACAGAUGUCCAGACAACUUCAGGAAAAAGAAGCGCAGUCAGCCCCAGGUUGUCUCUUCUGUACGGAAAACUCUUCAGUGUCAUCAGUGUGGGAAAACUUUUGCUUAUAAGAAAACCCUCAUUGAACACCAGAGAAUUCACACAGGCGAGAAACCGUACUGGUGUAGUGAGUGUGGGAAAAGAUUUACCUACAGGUCAGCCUUUAUUGUUCAUAAGAAGAAGCAUGCCAUUAAAAGAAAACCUGAGAAUGGCCCAUCUUUCAGUCAAGACACCGUGCUCCAAGUUCCUCAAAACAGUGACACUACAAAGGGUCCUCUCAUAUGCAGCCAGUGUGGCAAAGCCUUCCGUAACCACUCACUCCUUCUCAUGCAUCAAAGAGUUCACACUAGAGAAAAGCCCUUUAAGUGCUGGGAGUGUGGGAAAGUUUUUCGAUGGAGUUCUAAUCUCUACCGACACCAGCGGCUGCACUCUUGGCGCCAUCAUUGUAAGAAAUCUUUGCAGCAGCAAUAUGAGUAUUGCAAAAGUGAAGAGACUCCAAAUCCAGAGUCAAAAAUCCUCACUAAGGAUAAGCCUUUUUGGUGUGAAGAGUGUGGGAAAACCUUUACACGUAAACGAAGUCUAUUAGAUCACAUGGGAAUACACAGUGGUGAGAAGCGCUUUAAGUGCAAUGUAUGUGGAAAAUCUUUCGAUAGAAAUUAUCGUCUUGUUAAUCACCAGAGAGUACAUACUUUAGAGAGAUCUUUUAAAUGUCAUUGGUGUGGUGAAGAUUUUGUUCAGAUACGUGACCUGUCUGUUCAUCAGAGAAAACAUACCAAGAUGAUGCAGCCUAAAUUCAGUCUUCCUGGCUUAUCUUCCUCCCGGGAUUCAAUCUUGAAUGUUCAAGAAUUAAAACCAAUUGUAGGGAAGUCCCUUGAAAUCUGUGAGGUGCCUUCAGGCCAGCGCUCUAUGUUCACAGGACUCCAGAAUGUACGCUCUAAGAAAAAGUGCUACAAAUGUAGCCUUUGUGGGAAAAGUUAUAGGAAGCAUUCGCAACUCAUUACCCACAAUAGAUUUCACACUAUGGACAGACCCUUCAAAUGUAGGGUAUGCGGGAAAGCCUAUGGGUGGGCCUCCAAUUUAGCUCGGCACAUGAAAAUCCACUUUUAAGAUAAGCUUAGAGCUUCUGAUGUCAGUUGGGUUAGGAAUGGAGAAGGGGAGCACCAUGUUCUCUGAGGCCCUUCUGCAAGUUCAUUCCCUUAGCAGUCAUCCUUUACAUGGUAGCCCUGGCCUUGUCAGCUAGGUCAUUGCUCUCUGGAUGGGACAUCAGUGGUGUCUGCAGAGAAGGUGCCAGUUGUCGCCAACAUUUCUCUCUAGGUUCUUUGGCCCAUGACUGUGUGUGUGCGUGUGUGUGUGUGUGUGUGUGUGUGUGUGUGUGUGUGUGUGUGGUUUUUCAAGGUAGGUUCUUGCUCUAUCCCAGGCUGACCUGGAAUUCACUCAGUAGACUCAGAAUGGCCACAAACUCACCGCGAUCCUCCUACCUCUUCCUCCUGUGUGCUGGGACUAAAGGCGUGCACCACCACACCCAGUGACAAUGGGUAUUUUCUUACCUUUAAAAGCAACUCCAUCAAGAACAACAACAGUCCUCCCAGAUAUCUCCUGGAUAACUAUGGUUGAGGCUUCAGCAUUGCAGCUCUCUUUUGUAUAAAAGCUGGAGGCCUAAAGUUGUCUCAGCUACAAGUGUGAGGGAAGGUUACUGAGCUGCAUUACUUGAUUUUUAACCAGUUGUCAGUUCAGUAGAGACACCUGAGCACCUCCCCCACGGCCGGCAUCUAUAUGAGUCAGAGAUAGCUGUGACUGCAGCAGACAAAAAUCCUGCUAUGUUGGUUCUUUACAAAUAACAAAUGAGAAAUUAUUCUGGACAGUGAUAGGUGUUGAGGACACAAACCAGAGUAGAAUGUGGAUCUCUAGAGUGUUCCCAGCAGUGCAGAAGGGCUCUGCUCUGGCUGGCAUUCUGAGAGGAUAACAGAGUUCCCAAUGCCAAGUGGAAUGAGCCAGCUAUAAGUGGAAGCAGGUGUGCCGGAGGUGAGUUAGGGGAAUAGAACCCUUACAGAAUUCCUUUACAGACCUGAAAUGAUUCCUUUUCUGUUCAUAGUUCUGUUCCCCCACUUCUUGUGCCACCUGGUACCUCUGAAGAUUUUGUCCCAUAAGCUCUCUAAUGUUUUUGUGGAAUGAGAAAUACUUUUUAAAAACAUUCCAACCAAAGGCUAGGGAGAUAUUUCCAUGGUUAAAAUUGCUUGUUUGCAAAUCUUACCAUCUUGGUUCAUCUUUCAGCCACCUGCAUAAAGCCAGGCAAGCAUGUGUUUGCAGUGGCAAGAGACUCUGGUAGAAACACACAUGCACACACAUGCAAAUCAAUCAAAACUUUAAAAAAAUUUAAAAAUAAUUUUCAGUCUGGAGUGAUGGCCCAGUAGGUAAGUGGUUGCCUGCAAAGCCUAACAACCCAGGUUUGAUUCUCCACUACUCAAGUAGAUCCAGAUGUACAAAGUGAUGCAUGUGUCUGGAGUUCAUCUGCAGUGGGAAGUGGCCCUGGUGUGUCCAUUC